AUGCACCCGUUUUCCGGAAUCACGUUAGGCAUAUUCGUUGCUGGCUAUAUAACGGCGCGGUGGGACCUGGUGACACGGCUGUAUGAGCUUGCGAUAUUCGCGUGGGAUCACGGUGUAGUUACACGAACUGCGAAGGGAUUUGGCAUACUUUCUGUAUUCUUCCUGCUACUCAUUGUACCUCUUGAAAGAAUUGCACUGCAGGAAGCACGUCUGCACCCGCGAACAGCUGGCGGCGGAAUUUCUGCUCCGGCGGGGAUCUUUCUGAGAACAUCGGAAGAUGAUAUGGUUGUGACCAAUGGCUUGAUGCGCAUCUUUUGGCCCUCUGGCACACAUCAUGCCUCGCAGAAUGGAGUCCUCUUGGGUUGGAAAAACUCAGAGCUCGACUUCUUCGUUGUCUGCGUUAUGCUCGACGUCGAGCUCAGAAGCGUGAACAAUGCGCUGCAAGUGGGAACCUUAUACCGUAAUGCGCCACAUCCAAUCAGCCAAAUUUUCGAUCGUUGUGGUGGAUCUCCAUUACAAGUGUUAGGACUGCUGAAUCCCAUCCAGGCACCGACUAGGUUCGAUAUCACCUGCAUUAUAGUCUACACGGAGCCCAAUACCAAGCGACCACGAUUGUUUUGCCCCGAGAACGGUCUAACUAUACAGAUAAUCAUUUUCGACCGUCCACACUCGACGCGUAUGCAGUAUAUGUCUUUGACGCCAAUGACCUUGGCGCUCGACGAUAAACCAGAGCGGUCCGGCCAGGGGACACCACUGGGCGACAUCGAGGCAGCAGAAGAGCUCGAGAGAGAGAGGAAAAUGGCACUUGUGCAAAAGCUGAAACUUCACACAGUAACAAGUCAUCCACCUACCCGGAAGGAACUCUCACUACCUCACAUAAUCGACCAGAUCAACUGCUCUUUUGAGCUUGCAGCAUUGUUGCAGAGAAAUAUAGGGCUUGUGGGAGUCCGAGCAAAGCGUGCGCUGAGUGUCAGUGAAAAAGUCGUGGAAUCAGCGACUGACCUGUGGGACUACAUACAUCUCGUCCUACAAUAUUUAUGGACGAUGUACAUAUACCCGGUCGCAGCUCAUAUAUUUAUCCUAUGUUUGAUGCUGCACAGGGUAUUCGGAGAGCUUGUGUUGCGCAUCCUGGACUGGAGAGUGUCUGACGAAGCUGCCGCUCUGAAAGAUAUCUCGGCGACUGCGCAACAAGUGGAUAUCCGUCUCCAACAGUUUUGCUAUUGGCCUAUUCAGUACCUCACAAUACGCAAGCGAAAGGCCAACUGGGAGAGUAUCACCAACAACCAUCCUGAGUAUAUCCGGUUCUACAAUAGCCUGUGGCUUGUUGCUAACGACGUCAUCAUCGGUAUUGCACUUGGCUCUUACAUCAUUGAAAAUGCCGUCCUUGUAGCCUCCCAGAUGGAUAUGGUAUUCAAUACAUGGUCCGUAGAAGGCCUGCGGCGGAUGAUAUCAUGGCUGAUGGAAUGGCCUGGAGGGCUGAAGCUCAACACCGAGCUCGCCGCUUUCCUGGGUGACCUUUUCCUGUGGGUUAUUGAUCACUGGGCUGGAGCAAUGUCAAUGCUCCGACCCGCACUCCCUGGAAUUAUUCGCUUCAUCGGCUUUUCGAGUUUUGCUGGCGCCACGAUGCCGAUAUCGCUGUUCGCGGAUCUGGUUUCUCUUCUCACACUGCAUAUCUACUCUUUUUACGUCGCGUCAGCAAGAAUUUUCAAUUGGCAGCUGACGAUAAUAAUUUCACUUUUUCAUCUGUUCCGGGGAAAGAAGCGUAAUGUUUUGCGAAAUCGUAUAGAUUCAUGCGACUACGAACUUGACCAGCUGUUGCUGGGAACGAUACUAUUCACGCUUCUGUUCUUCCUACUUCCUACAGUGUUUGUCUUCUAUUUGACAUUUGCUUCUGCGCGCAUGGCCAUCAUUUCUGUGAAGGCUGGUUUGGAUACCCUGCUUGCGUGUUUGAAUCAUUUCCCACUGUUCGCUUUGAUGUUACGCAUCAAAGAUUCAAGGAGGCUACCAGGUGGUAUUAGAUUUGACCUGCAGCCGACUCUGCGCACAUACAGGCCUACAUCAAUGGAUUCGGGCUCAAGUACGUCUCACAUUAAUCUGCGAUCCGUACCACUGCCGUUGAACGCCAUGUUCCACGAGUAUUUUGCGUUGGGAAAUCGGAUCAGGAAGCAUUAUUUAUCACCAGGAGUGUUUCUGUGCCUUGUCACAGGCCGAUUUGUGCCUCCUAUCCAUCGUAAAAACCUCUAUUCUUUGCAAUACUCUAUGCUACCCGCGCGCAGAGCAGGCAUUCGUGAGCUGUGGAGCAAACUUAUGGAGGAGAAACCAGAAGACAGAGUCAAGAUCAACGCAGCUUGGAACGGUCGGAAAGUGAUGAAUGGUCUAACAAACCGAAAAGGCUUUAACAACAUGGAUGGGAUACGUGGUGGUGCGCUCGGCAGAGUCCGCAGUCGAGAAUUUGGUUGA